GCACGCAUCGCUUGCGUUGGGCGCUUCGAGAGGACGAGAGAAUCCAGAAACAGAAACGAAAGAGGAAACCCCAUGUUUGGCUCCAUCAUUGAAUUUCUAAGUUAGAAACGUGGUUCCUCUGUUUCAUCCUUCACUAUGGAUCCUUCGACCACGCUCGUCACCUUUUUAUUACAGACACAUCCUUCCGUCCAGUCGGUCAACCUCAUUGGGUCCUGGGACAAUUUCAGCACUGGCUACCCCAUGGACCGUGAUCCUCGCCGCGGCAAGGGUCAGUGGAAGGGGUGCCAUACUUUCCGGGACAUUAUAUGUGACGAGGACCUAUCCAGAACCAGGGACGGGGGCCUGACUAUGGGGAACACGUACUAUUACUAUUACGAAGUGGAUGGCAAUACGGAAACACACGAUCCGAGCAUGCCGUCAACCAAUGCUUGUCCUUACUUGCCUGGACAGACAGUCAACAGUCUGGCUGUGCCCUCACAGCAAAGCCUUCGUCAACGGAGUGCGUCACUCACAUCAAUGCGUAUCACCGACUACCAAGCUCUCGACCCUGCCGCCAAGUUCCUCCCACCACAGCCCAUGCUCACUUCACCUACGGAUUCAGUUGCGUUGAGGAAAAAAACAGCACCCACCAUGCUUCGCAACGCUGCCUCCAGUCGCUCGCUAUCGCCUGCGCCAGCGUGGAAGAAGCUCUUCGGCAGCAAAGGCCGCGAGGAUGACCGUGGACGGUCAAGGGAUCGUGAUGCGCAGAGUGGUAGCUCCGCAACUACGCGCGAUUGUGAUCGCAGUACUGGUUCCUCAAGGAGUCGGAACCGAUCGAUAUCCCCAGAAUCACUACGACGCUUUCUGUCCGACGAUCAACCAAGCAGGCCAGGCUCGAACCUAAGUGAGCGUCCGGCCUUGGUCAUCCCAGAGGACAUUGCGGAGGAGAAUGAGGACGACGACAAUUUCGCCACGUCCGCCGUCUCAGAGACACAGCCGUACUACACAAGACUGUCCCCGCCACCUGCUCAACGAUCAACAUCUUCAGAGACCGUGCCUCUCACAAUCAAGAACCUGAGUUCACUCACCCUCACAACGGAACGUCCGACGAGUCGACGACCGACGGCGGUCCACCCAGGCGAUUCAGCUGACCCUGCUGGACCUGCUUCCCAGCCGCAGAGCAGCUACCUGACAUCGGCCACAUCUUCGGAUCUGACCUCGCCUGAGUCGGCGGGCACUCCCGAGUCCGAGACUCUGACCUUUUACGACGACUCCGUGGAUGACGACGACUGUACAUCGACGUCCGCGCACGACUCGCAGGCCCUGCCGAUCCAGCAGUUUCCCGCCCUUCGAUCGCGCCUCACAGGCUACAGCCUACCUCGCGUCCACGAGGCGGACGAGCCACAGCAGCUCAAGCACCGGCCGACAUUUGGGCGCAAGGACGGUCCGCGCCUCUUGGCACCCGUCGACACGUCUCUCUAUCCCACCUCCAACGCCCACUAUCUCCCCACGCCCGCCGACACUGGUGUCGACGACUUCGUGGCCGAGAUGGGCUGGAUGGUCGACAGCAUCGGCUCCCGAUGAUCCGUCUUCGCCCGAACCGCGAUCUACACAGAUACGCAACCACACUCUCACACACACAACACACCACCACUCAUUAAUCCGCGUUGGCGACUCUAGUGGGUUCGUCUCCAACAGCACACACAUCAUACUAUCAUACAAGACCCUGA